CCUAUGAGUGAAGGUAGGACAGGGAGAGGAAGCGGGAGAGCUCCACAGUUUGAUUGACUGACAAGCCCACACACAUACACGCUUCAUAUUGCACAACAGACACACUUUGCCGCACACUCUUUGGGACUUUUUACUACUCUGUGGACUCCAAAAGCUGGAACUCUACUUGUGCCCUCUUUGCUUCCCGUCAACAUCACUUUUUCUUCCACCUCCACUACUUAAGACCCUCGCUUUGUGAGGGCAGAUGACCAUGGUGCCAGCCUCUCUCGGGGCUGCCUUAGGCUGUGCCCUGCUGGCCCUAGUCCUAGGGAGCAGUAGUGUGGAUUUUGGGGCACCCCCAGCCAAUUUCUACCCUCGGUUCAAUCCUUUUUUCUUUCUGUGCACGCACCAUGGAGAGCUGGAAGAGUUUGGGGUCACAGAAGGUGGUGUAGAGGUUCUUCUCACCCUCCAAAUCACGGGCAACCCCACUGCUUACACCCCUGGACAGGAAUAUCAAGUGACCAUCUCGACAAGUGUACCCUUCGAUGGUCUUCUGGUGACUGGACUGUACACCUCCACUCCUGUCCAGUCUGCUCCGAUUCCAGCUCCUGCUGCUUUUGGCUUUGGUGUGAUGCCCGAGCGGCAGUUCUCUGGCACACAGUUUGUUUGCAGUGUUGUCGCCUCCCACGUCAGCCAUCAACCUUACACCAGUUUCAGCUUUGUCUGGAUCGCCCCACCGCCUGGCACAGGCUGCGUCAACUUCUUAGCGACAGCAACACACAGAGGACAGAUUCUUUUCAAGGAUGCUCUGGCGCAGCAACUCUGUGAGCAGGGAGCUCCAACUGAGUCACCGCUCAGACCAAGUCUUGUGGACGUUCAUGCUAAACACGCAGUAUUCCGUGAUGACUUCGACUCCAACCUCGAAGGGGAGCUGGACCCUGCCAUCUGGUCUGAGUGCAGCAACUGCGUGCUUGGUGAGCAAUGUGGCGUCCUGAUGCACGGAAGAGCGGUCACUUUCUGUGAGCCCCUUGGAGAGCGUGAGCUGAUCACCGUACCCCUGAACACCAGCACAGCAUCGGUUCUUCAGUUUUCACUGGGUUCAGGCUCCUGUCGAUUCAGUUACUCAGACCCCAGCAUCACUGUGUCUUACAGUAUAAGUGGAAGUGCCAACGUCUCAGAUGAGUGGCUCAUACUAGAAACAAUCAGAGCGCCCUCCAACAGCACCACUGUCCUUCACAUGCUCCCUCUGCCAUUACACUCUAAAGGAGACAGUGUUCGCCUGCGCUGGUCUCAGGUGACCCCUCAAGGCCCGGAAGGCUAUGAGUCCUGCUGGGGUCUGGAUAAUGUGCUGCUAGUCAAUGCUGCUCACAAGCCUCCCCUUAUGGAGGACAACCUGGAUCCCCCGGACACAGCUAACUGGCUCUUCUUCCCAGGAGCUACUGUAAAGCACGCCUGCCAGUCGGAGGGCAACGCUUUGUAUUUCCAUGGUGGAGAAGGGGUCGGUCACAGCUUUGCCACCAGCAGAGACAUCGACCUGCACCGGGAGGAAGGAAGAAGCUACUGGGAGGAGGACUUUGAGAGCCCACCAUCGAACUGGGACAUUGAGGGGGCUGUGUAUGGGAUUCAGUGUGGAGAGAUUGAGUCUGGCUCAGCCCUUGUGUUUGAGAAGGAAGGCCGGAGGCUGGUGUGCACCCCUUACCUCGACACCACAUCUUAUGGAAACCUUCGCUUCCACUUCACCAUGGGUGGUGGGGACUGUCAUCCCGGAGAGUCUCAUGAAAAUGAUGUCAUUCUUUUUGGAAGGUCUGUAGGAAGGAGGGAUAAUGUGAUACUGGAUACACUGCCUUAUUCAGCGUACAGGACUCCUGCUGUGGUGUCUGUGGCUCUGCCCACUGAGCUACAAACACCAGUCACCCAGUUUUGUCUGGAGCAGCUGUCGCAUGGUGGUGCCAACCGUCAUGUGUGGGCAAUCGAUUUCAUGCAGUUGCUCCCUGUGCUGCCUGGCACUCACACACAUGUGGCUCAAUUCUCCAUCAACCUUGGCUGUGGAUCCUAUCAGCCUGCCAACAGUGUCAGUUUGGAGUUCUCCACCAAUCAGGGACGUUCCUGGUCUCUACUUCAUACUGAGUGCCUACCAGAACUUUGCGCUGGCUCCCACCUACCUCACAGCACCAUUUAUUCCUCAGACAACUACAGCGGAUGGACCCGCAUCUCCAUUCCUCUUCCCAAUGCUGCUCUGACCGAGACGACGCGAUUCCGCUGGAAACAGUAUGGCAGUGGAUCGGAAAACAUGUGGGCUAUUGACAAUGUCUAUAUUGGUCCAGCGUGCCUUCGAUUCUGCUCUGGAAGAGGACAUUGUUCCCGCACUGGCUGCAAGUGCGACCCAGGCUUCAGUGGACCAGCUUGUGAACUGGCGUCUCAAACGUUCCCAGCGUUCCUGUCGGAAGGAUUCUCCAGCCCCCGUCUUUCCUCGUACCACAGCUUUUCCUCACUGCGUGGAGCAGAGGUCAGCUUCGGCUGUGGGGUGCUGGCCAGUGGCAAGGCCCUGGUCUUCAACAGAGACAGCAGGAGACAUUUGAUAACAGCCCCGCUGGACAGCUCACAAGCCAGGUACCUACAGUUUACCCUUAGGUUGGGCAGUCGGAGCACCCUGAGCUCGUGUCCUGCCCCAGAUCAACCGGGAGAAGGGGUCCUGCUGCAUUACUCCUCUGACAACGGCAUCACCUGGACCCUGCUGCAGCACUAUGCCUACCAUGGUUUCCACGAGCCAAGGAUUGUUUCAGUGGAACUCCCUCCUGGUGCGCGUAGAUUUGGGGUACAGUUCCGCUGGUGGCAGCCGUACCAUUCCGGACGCGGACACGACGUGUGGGCCCUGGAUGAAAUCAGCAUGGCUUCCGUGUUGUUCAACGCCAUAAGUCUUGACUUCAGCAAUGUGCUGGACGUCACUCAGAGUCUUGGGUUCUACCUUGGUCAUGUCCAACCCUACUGUCAGCAUGACUGGACCCUCAGCUUCUCUGGCGAGCCCAGCCCGGGCUCCAUUAUCCGAUACGUGGAAACUCAGUCCAUGCAGAUCGGCGCUUCCUACAGUCUGCAGUUCUCGUUGGUCAUGGGCUGUGGUCGGGAUCCUUCAGCUCAUAUUGACACACAAGUUCGCCUCGAGUUCUCCACCAAUCAUGGCCUCACAUGGCACCUGGUCAAAGAGGCCUGUCUGCCGGGCAUGCCGAGCUGCUCAGAGUUUACCGCCCCAAGUGUUUACCAUCCCUCAGAAUUCAAAGACUGGAGGCGUAUAACUCUGUCUUUGCCUCAGAAGACAUGGUCCAGCGCCACCCGGUUCCGCUGGAUCCAGAAUUACUAUGGAGAGCAGGAUGAGUGGGCUCUGGAUGACAUUUACAUCGGACAGCAGUGUCCAAACAUGUGCCAUGGGCAUGGCUGGUGCGACCAUGGUCACUGCAGGUGUGACGACGGCUUCUCAGGGACAGACUGCCAGCCAACCACCCCUCUUUCCUCCAGCAUCCUUUCAGACUUUGAAUCCCAAGAUGCGCUUCUGGCCACAUGGCAGGAAGUUAUUGGCGGCGAGGUGGUGACCCCUGACAUGGGAUGUGGGGUUGUCUCAUCUGGUUCGUCACUAUAUUUCAGUAAGGCUGGGCUGAGGCAGCUGAUGAGCUGGGACCUGGACACUGAGUGGGCGGAGUUUGUUCAGUUUUACCUGCGUGUGGGCGGCGACUGGGGUGAGUGCAACCAGGCCGACAGCAGGGAGGAGGGAGUGCUGCUCCAGUACAGCAACGAUGGAGGCAUCAGCUGGGGCCUCAUAGCAGAAAUGUACUUCACUGACUUCACUAAACCUCGGUUUGUCCACUAUGAGCUUCCCUUGGCAUCCAAGACGCCGUCCACGCGGUUCCGCUGGUGGCAGCCUCUCCACUCUGGGGAAGGGUACGACCAGUGGGCCAUUGAUGAUGUCAUAAUUCUCUCUGAACGGGAGAAGCACAUUAUACCAAUGGCCAAUCCGACACUUCCACAGAACUUCUAUGAAAAGCCAGCAUUUGACUACCCUCUAAACCAGAUGAGCGUGUGGCUCAUGCUUGGUAACGAAGGCAUGGAGAGGGAAAGCAACAACAGCUUCUGUGCUCCAACUGCGUCUGCCAUGGUGUUCGGGCGCUCUGAUGGUGACAGGGUUGCAGUUACUAGGGACCUUUCCCUUCGGCCAGGAUACACACUUCAGUUUAAGUUGAACAUUGGAUGUGAGUCCGAGUUCAGUGCUUCGGCACCAGUGUUGCUGCAGUACUCUCAUGAUGCAGGUCGCACCUGGUCUCUGGUGCGGGAGGGCUGCUACCCUGGAUCCCCUGGCUCAGGAAUAUGUGAAGGCAGCGGCCGUGAGCUGCGAGAGCCCACAGUCUUUAACAUCGGUGACUAUGAACAGUGGACCCGGGUCACGGUGGUCAUUCCACGCAACGUUGCUGCCAGCAAAACCAGAUUCCGCUGGUUCCAGGAGAGCAGCUUGUAUCGAGAAGCGCCGCCUUUUGCCCUGGACGGAGUCUACAUUUCCGAGCCUUGUCCAAAUCACUGUGGUGGUCAUGGGGAUUGCAUAUCUGGAGUCUGCUUUUGUGACAUGGGAUACACAGUGGAACAAGAUAGCUGCGUACCAUCAGCUGCGAGCCCCACUGAGCUCACUGAGGGCUUCGAGGGCAAGCUGAGUCCACUUUGGCAGAGUCUAAGUGGAGGACAAAUUGGUGGUGGCUGUGGCACAAUCGGUGAGGGCAAGGCUCUUUAUUUCAGCAGCCCAGGGAGGAGAGAAGCGCGUACCGUGCCGCUUGACACCACCAAUACCAGAUUGGUGCAAUUCUACAUUCGAAUUGGAAGCAAAAGUUUGGGGCCAACUUGUACAAGACCACGUUCUCGCAAUGAAGGUGUCAUUGUGCAGUUCUCGACCAAUAACGGAGUGCAGUGGCAGUUCCUGCGGGAGAUGGACUUCAGCUCCUUCUUAGAACCACAAGUUGUUACGAUUGAGCUUCCACCACAGGCCAAAACUCCCUACACAGUAUUUCGCUGGUGGCAGCCACUCCAAGGAAAGCACUCUGCUCAAUGGGCUCUUGAUGACGUCCUCAUUGGUAUGAACGACAGCUCCAGAACAGGAUUUCACGACAAGUUUGACGGCACAACGCCUUUGAGGCACAACUGGUACCGCAUUCAAGGCGGAGAGGUGACUGUGGACUGCUUGUCCUUGGACACGGCGCUGACCUUCAACUCUGAGGCAAUAGACAAGAAGCCCAGGUAUGCAGAGAGCUGGGACUUUGAGGUGUCCGGCUCGUCCUUCCUCCAGUUUGAGAUGAGUAUGGGCUGCAGUAAAUCCACUUCAUUUUCCCACGGCGUGCGGCUGGAGUACUCCACAGACUGUGGCCGUCACUGGUCUCUAAUCACGCCAGAGUGUGUUCCUCCAGCCAUUGGAUGUGCUGGUUAUACUCAGAGUUCCAUCUACACUUCAACACAGUACAAACGCUGGAGGCGGAUCACUGUGUAUCUCCCCAGCGCUGCCAACUCUCCAAGAACACGAUUCCGAUGGAUUCAGACUCAUUUCACCCCUGGAGCGGAAGGUUGGGCGCUCGAUAACGUCCUACUUGCGCCUGGCUGUCCAUGGAUGUGCUCUGGACAUGGGCUGUGUGACAACGGGCGCUGCGUGUGUGAUAAGGGAUAUGAAGGAGCUCACUGUGUGCCUGCAGUGCCCCUGCCGUCCGUACUGAAGGAGGACUUUAAUGAAAACCUUCAGCAGGAAACCUGGCCUGAGGUGUACGGCGCAGAGAGGGGAACUCUGAGCGGAGAGCCUUUAAAAUCUGGAACCGCCCUCAUCUUCAAAGGGGAUGGCAUGCGUAUGAUUGUGUCCCGGGACUUGGAUUGUACGAACACAUUGUAUAUCCAAUUCUCCUUCAAAUUCAUCACAAAAGGAAUACCCGAGCGCUCCCACUCAGUUUUGCUGCAGUAUUCUGUGAACGGAGGAAUCAGUUGGCUGCUUUUGGAUGAGUUUUAUUUCCCAGCAUCCACAGACACUUUAUUCCUUCACUUGGCUCUGCCCGCUAGCGCCCAGACCAAUGCUACUCGAUUUAGACUCUGGCAGCCGUACAACAGUGGGAAGAAGGAGGAGGUGUGGGUGAUCGAUGAUCUCAUCAUUGAUGGCAGCUCCUUACACAACCCACCAGUGGUCAUAGACAGCUUCGAAGAUGGUCCCAAUGAGUCCAACUGGCUCUUCUUCCCUGGCGGAAACACCGGCCUCUACUGCCCCUACCAAAAGACCGGACUAGAUGAGGACGAGUCAGCCAUGGUGUUUGUCUCCAGCGAGUUGGGAGAGCACUCUAUUACCACCAGAGACAUUGAUGUGAAUGAGAACACUAUAAUUCAGUUUGAGAUCAACGUGGGUUGUACUGCUGAGAGCUCUUCUGUCAACCCCGUACGUCUUGAAUUCUCACGGGACUUUGGAGCCACCUGGCACCUGCUGGUACCCCUCUGUGCCGGUGGGCCACAACCAUCCUCGCUCUGCUCCACAGAGCUCCAUCCUGCAAGCAUUUACUUCCCUGGGACAACUCAGGGCUGGAGGAGAGAGGUCAUACACUUUGGGAAGCUGCGCCUCUGUGGGUCUGUCAGGUUUCGGUGGUAUCAAGGCUUCUUUUCUACUGGUUCCACUCCGCCAACUUGGGCGAUCGACAAUGUCUACAUUGGCCCCCAGUGUCAGGACAUGUGCAGUGGACAUGGCACCUGUGCAGGCGGCACCCACUGUGACUGUGACCCAGGCUACUCCGGUCAUGACUGUUCUGUACCUGACACACCCAACCCGGAUUUCCUUAAGGAGGACUUUGAAGGUGGCGCUGUUGACGCUGACCUUUUCAGACAGCUGAGUGGUGGAAAGCCAUCAAGGAAAUGUGGUAUAAUGUCCAGCGGUAACCAUCUUUUCUUCAGUGAGGAUGGUCUUCGUAUGCUGGUCACCAAAGACAUGGAUCUCUCCAAUGCCAGGUUUGUUCAGUUCUUCCUGCGUCUCGGCUGUGGGAAAGCAGCUCCGGACCUUCGCUCCCAUCCCGUUCUGCUGCAGUUCUCUGUGAAUGGAGGUCUGACAUGGGGUCUCCUUCAGGAAUUCCUCUUUAGCAAUAACAGCAAUCAAGCUCGCCUCGUGGCCCUGGAAAUCCCUCUGCGCGCCCGCACUCCCUCCACCCGUCUACGCUGGUGGCAGCCUUCUGACAACGGGCAUUUUUACAGCCCGUGGGUGAUUGACCAGGUGGUGGUUGGAGGCAGUGCCAGUGGGUGGGGACCACUGGAAGAUGAUUUCUCUGCUAUUGAUGGGCGCUCUUGGCUCCUCAACCCUGGAGGAACACGAAUGCCUGUUUGUGGCUCUGAUGGACCUGCGUUUGCCUUCAUUGAGAAGUCCAACACUCGCUACGCCGUGACCACAGACAUCAGUCUGGGUCAAGAUGCCUUCAUUCAGUUUGACUUCUCCGCUUCCUGCUCUGUCACCACCUCCUGCUACUCUGUAGAGCUGGAGUUCUCUCUGGAUCUGGGACUGACCUGGCAACCUGUGGUCAGAGACUGUUUGCCAACAAGCCCAGACUGUUCUUCUUACACGCUGCAGAGAAUUCUAGUUUCUGACACAUACAACAAGUGGGGUCGAGUUACUCUGCCAAUCCCAUCCUACGCACGGUCUCCAGCCACCAGGUUCCGUUGGUUCCAGCAGGCUCCUUUUGAUAAGCAGCAGACUUGGGCUCUGGACAACCUCUACAUCGGAGAUGGCUGCCCAGAUAUGUGCUCAGGGCACGGGCGGUGCCAGCAGAGCUCCUGCGUAUGUGACCCAGAAUGGGGUGGAGAGUACUGUGAUGAGCCUGUUGCCCCCCUGCCCUCACAGCUGAAGGACAGUUUCAGCAGAGCGCCGUCACUAGGCCACUGGCACAUGCUCACUGGAGGCAAACUUAGCACUGUAUGUGGAGCUGUGGCUUCAGGAUCUGCACUGCACUUCAGUGGUAGCUGCAGCCGUCAGUUGGUGACGGUGGACCUAAACUUGACGAACGCCGAGUUCAUCCAGUUCUACUUCAUGUACGGCUGCAUGAUCCCACCGAGCAACAGAAACCAGGGAGUUCUUCUGGAGUACAGUCUGAACGGAGGAAUCAACUGGCAUCUGCUGACAGAGAUUUUCUAUGAUUUGUACACAAAGCCUGGAUUUGUGAAUGUUUUGCUGCCCCCUGCUGCCCGUCAAGAGGGAGUGCGCGUGCGCUGGUGGCAGCCUCAGCACGAGGGAGCCGACCACGGUGACUGGGCUUUAGAUAAUGUGCUCAUCGCUGGCUCAGACCCGCGGGCGCAAAUCUCCGACACUUUUGGAGGAGUUGCUCUCCCGAACCACGAGAGAGCUCCUGCCGACGAGAACUCAGGCAGGACGGAUCAACUCAGCGAGCAAGAGGAGGCGCCCAUAGUGAGCGAUCACUGGUUGUUCUCAGAGGACUGCUCCCUGCAGCGUUUCUGCAGCUCACCUGAUGGAGUCAUGGUCUGUGGCAGUGCCGAUGGGAGAGAGGUCUAUGCAGUCACCCAUGACAUCAUUCCUGGGAAGAGUUGGGUCAUGCAGUUCAAGAUUGCAGUUGGCUGCAGUGUUCCAGACCGCCACGCGGACAGACAAGUCCAUGUUCAGUUUUCCAUGGACUUUGGGGUGACCUGGAAAUACCUGGUGCCCCAGUGUUUGCCUGCUGACCCUCGCUGUGGAGGCCAGGUGUCCCAACCCUCCGUCUUUUUCCCUGCCGAUGGCUGGAAGCGGGUGGUGUAUCCACUGCCUGACAGCCUGGCCGGCACCUCAGUGCGGUUCAGGUUUUACCAGCAGCACUCAGACAUACAGUGGGCUGUGGAGAACUUCUACAUUGGGCCGGCGUGUGAGAACAACUGCGAGGGGCAUGGUGACUGUCUGGAUCAACGUUGCCUCUGUGAUCCUGGUUUUACAGGACCCAACUGCUAUGCUAGCGCAGCUUUGAAGGCAUCUCUCAAAGAACGCUUUGAUUGGGACGGAGCUGCCGGGCCUCAGUGGCAGACCCUGGAAGGGGGGCGACCUUGUACAGACUGUGGUGUGUUGGUGGAGGGAACCGCUCUGUAUUUUGGAGGUGCUGAUGCCAGACAAGCCAUCACAGCUGAUUUGGAUCUGCGAGGAGCCAAAUUUGUUGAGUACUGGGCCAGAAUCGGAAGUGAAGACAACAUGACCAUGUGCCAUCGUCCCACCUGUCGCAAAGAGGGUGUGUUGCUAGACUACUCCACAGAUGGAGGUGUGUCUUGGACUCUGCUGCAUGAGAUGGACUAUUUGAAGUACGUGUCUGUGAGGAGGGACUACAUUGUGCUCCCUGAGGGGGCGCUCACGAAUGCUACACGCCUACGCUGGUGGCAGCCGUUUACUAUUUCCUCUGGGUUGGCGACCCCGAGCCUGGAGCGAGCCCAGUGGGCCAUAGACAACAUCCUGGUGGGCGGGUCAGACAUCAAUCCGUCCACCCUUCUCGACACGUUUGAUGACGAGGGAGUGUCUCACGAGGAAAGCUGGAGUUUCUAUCCGAACGCUGUGAGGACCGCUGGCUUCUGUGGAAAUCCUUCAUUCCAUCUGUACUGGCCAAACAAGAACCAGGACAGGACGCACAACAUCCUGGCCACUCGAGAACUCAUUGUUCAACCUGGCUAUGUCCUUCAGUUUAAGAUAGUUGUUGGCUGCGAGGCCGACACUUGUGAAGACCACCACUCUGUCCUUCUGCAGUACAGGAAGGAUGCAAGGUCUGACUCAUGGCAGCUGGUUCAGUCAGAGUGUCUCCCCUCCUCCGUCAACAACGUGGGCUGUUCCCCCUUCCAGUUCCAUGAGUCAACAAUCUACAGUCCGGUCAACAGCUCAACAUGGACCAGAGUCACUGUCCAACUCCCUGAUCAUGUGUCCUCGGGUGCCACUCAAUUCCGGUGGAUACAGAAGGAGGGUACUGGAGAGCGCCAGAGCUGGGGAGUCGAUCAUGUUUACAUCGGAGAGGCCUGUCCAGGCAUCUGCAGUGGUCACGGUUACUGCGCAAACGGAGCGUUGUGCAUCUGUGAUGAGGGAUACCACGGUGACGACUGCUCACUCUCCAGCAGCGACCUGCCGAGCUCCAUCAAAGAUAACUUUGAGUCAGGCAGCGUGUCUCAGGAGAGCUGGCAGCUGAUCCAAGGUGGUGGAGUGGGCAGCGGGUGUGGGCAACUCUCACCCCAUGCCCACGGAGACUCCCUUUAUUUUAAUGGCUGUAAGAUGAGGCAGGCUGUUACACGACCACUAGACCUCACUAGAGCCAGUAAGAUCAUGUUUGUGCUGCAGAUCGGCAGCGUGGCACAGACAGACAGCUGUAACAUUGCUCUUGAUCAGGCAGACACUGUAGACAGGGCAGUGCUCCUUCAGUACAGCGUCAACAACGGGGUCAGCUGGCACGUCAUUGCGCAGCAUCAGCCCAAAGAUUUUAUUAAGGCCCAAAGGGUCUCCUACAACAUUCCACUUGAGGCAAGAGUUAAAGGUGUGAUGUUGCGAUGGUGGCAGCCGCGCCACGACGGUGCCGGACAUGACCAGUGGGCACUGGACCAUGUGGAAGUUGUUCUGCCAGGGCUCAGCCCCCCUCAGACCUUUGUGCGAGACAGCAGCUCCCUCCUCCUGUCUCUCCCCUCUCGUGCUCUAACCUCUGCUCUCUUCUGUAUUCUGCUCCCUCUGGCAUGGCUGUAGCGUCAGCACACGGAAGCAAAACUACAUGAUGAACUUUGCCAGGCAGACCGCUGGACGCCACUACUACAGCCGCAAGAGGCGGGCACUGCGGCAGCGCGCCUGAACCUGCCGCUGAAGCAGCCGUCCUUUAACCUGCCAAUCACAUCUCGUCCCCAACACACACUUCCAUUUUUACCAGUUAGAAGUGGAUUCCAGUCAGACUGCCCUCAACCCCGUGCUUGAUAUUCGGGUCAUCUGAUCAACCAAAUCGUCAUGGCAGGAACAAAACUCAGAUCAAAGGAGUGAAGCCGUUGUUUCCUUUUCGCCAUAAACUCUUUUUAAUUGUUGCCGUGGUUCCUCUGAGUCCCGUCUCCAUUUGUGGCCCCCCCUCCCCAGUCCUCCCAGACCCACCCUCCCCGCGUUUCCCACCACACUGUGAAAUGGAGAGAUACUAUAUCACUGCUGAACUGACCAGCUGAUCGGAGAGUGGCCUUCUUGAUCUACUGAGCCGUCAGGGGAAGGAACCGCUCCACUGCCGCUGACCAACAUAGACCACGACUAUGAUGCUGACCUUGACAAGGGAAAACGAAGAUAAAGAGAAAAGACAAAAAAAAAAACAACAAAGAAAACCGUGUUCUUGGUGUUCCGUGUGUCUGUGCAUUCUUUUUGUGAUGAGUUGACUGUGGUGUUUUGUUAAUUUGUUUGUUCGUUUUCUACUAAUUCAUAAGCUUUUGAGAAGUGGGUGUCGGGAGGGAAGGGGAGGGGGGCGCCGGGUUCUGUCUCCUUGUCCUCUGCUGAAGGUAAAAGUGGAAGAAGAAGAAGAAAAAAAAGCCCAAUUUCCACUCCGGGAAGGAACAAAAGAUUUGCACGAUGAGGAAAGGAGGGGAAAAAAAGAAAGACUGAAUAAUUUUGUUGAAUUUUUUUAUAUAUAUGUUGUUUCCCGAUGAAAAAAACAACAGAUAUUUAUGGUAAAUGGUUCUUCACGUGACCUAUUUAAGAUGCACUGUGCGUGAAAUGUAUGUUAUUUUCUAGUGUUAAGUUAUUAGGCAGUCGAGUCCGGCUCUCAUUCUGCAUCAUCUCCCCCUUUUCCUUCUCUUGUGCUGUUCUCCACCUCGACCCACCCACCCCCUGCUGAUUUCUGAUACCUGGAGGUGUGAGGCUCUUUUAGUGUCGUUUUUGAAGUCUGUGUAAUAUGGACCCUCAGCCCUCAGUGUAACUCCAGUGAAGCAAUCUCCUGUGUAUAUAUAUGUAUAUCCACUAUGGGGAGACCCAGCAGCCUUAUAAAAGGGAAAUAAAGAACUGUCCAAACCUCAAGCACGUGCUGCUUUUUCUUUUCUUUUUUUUUUGUCAUAGUUUUAUAUCAGCUUCAAACGCAAUGCCUGCUUCCUCUCUCAAAAAUAUAUUAAGUGUGA